GCACGCUGUAGUCAACAGCAGCGUGUAUUUCGCGUUAACUCGUGAAGACGAAAGCAUGGCGUACACGCCUCAAAGCUCGAACGGCAAUGCCAACAUUAUAGCGCCCCCGGGACCGGUCCAGGACGAGGCUGUAGCCCAGGGCCUGGGGUCAGGCGUCGACGCAAGCCACCCCAGAAGCGCCCAGACAGAGGCGUGGCAGCGACAGAGCGACCACGCCGUCGCCGCGAACAGGGGUAUCGACAUCGGUCCAGCCCAGAAAAGCGAGGUUGCUCCCUCGGAUCCGAUCGAGCUUCCGAAGCCGCUUGGGUCGUUUGAACUGGACGCAAAUGUCAUUGCUGCCUUCCCUGAUGCUGGAGCAAAGCCAAUCCACGCCGCCAAAUUUGGCAAAUCGCUGUGGGGCACAACAGCCAAGAUUCUCGUCGAGCUGCCAGAUGGCAAAUGUCGCAACUACUUCAUCAAGGUGGUGUCGAAUGGGGAAACGGGCCGGCUCAUGUGCACUGGCGAGUUUGAGAGUCUCAAGGCGAUCCACGCCACCAUCCCUGGUUUCUGCCCCGAGCCCUAUGCGCACGGCGCGUAUGCCAACGACCCCGGCACUCAUUUCAUGCUCGUCGAGUUCCGGGACAUCGGCGCACAGCCAGCAGAACCGCGGAAGUUAGCGGCAGGGCUCGCCGAGCUGCACAAGCAGUCGCGGUCCCCGACGGGCAAGUUCGGCUUCCACAUGCGGACCUGUCACACGCAGAUCGACCAGGCCGUGGACUUCUGGGACGACUCGUGGUGCGCUGUUUACUCGAGCCACCUCACCCACGUCAUCGACCUCGCCAAGCCCGUCCUUCGGUGGCCCGAGUUCAACGUCGUGGCUGAUCUGACCCUCUCGCGAGUGGUCCCCCGGCUCCUCCUCCCGCUGCAGGCCGAGGGCCGCACCCUGAAGCCCUCGCUCGUGCACGGGGACUGCUGGGACGGCAAUACGGCCAUAGACGCCAGGACGGGGGAGGCCUUUAUCUUCGACGUUUGUUCGUUUUACGCGCACAACGAAUACGAUACGGGCAACUGGCGCGCGCCCCGGCAUCGCCUUAGCAACCCUGCUUAUAUCCGUUAUUACAAAAAAUCGAUUCCGCCUUCGGAACCAGUGGAGGACUGGGAUGCAAGAAACAUCUUGUACUCGCUGCCAUUUAAUGUUGGCAACACGCUAUACGUCCCAGGGUCCACACAAAGGCAGAUAAUCUACGAAGACAUGACAACCCUCUGCAAGUUGUUUUGCCCCGAUGAGCUCGAGAGAGGACUAAAUGAGCUGGGAAAGGGCACUGCAAGCAAUAGCGGUGGACUUUCGGGCCUAGCCGACAGCGAGGAUGACGAAGCAGAAGAGGAGGAGGAAGAGGAGGACUGAUCAGCCAAAAGGUCACUUGCGUUGCAUUGCGCUUUCCGUGGCAGGCUUAAAGGGCAAUCUUGGGCUGAAAUUAUCGUCGGAUCCCUCAAACCGCCAUAUUUUCGCAGGUCCCCUCGCCACAUCUAGAUCUAGCUUCAACCUCAAACUAACCUCGUCAUGCACUAUGAAUUUUACAGCAAGUUGUUUAUUAUCG